AUGUUGAAUACACUGAACAAAAUAGUCGUAAAGAAUCGACUUAAUGAUGUUGUUAGUGAGAUUGUUGUUCAAUAUGCUGAAAGUAACAAAUCCAUAAGCAACUGGUACAAUCUCAAAGAUGUGAAUGUUGAAACUUUUGAGAAUAUUGCGUGGAGUAGGUGUGUCACUUAUGAGAAAUGCAUUGCAGGUGAUGAUGAGGUGGAACUCGAUGCCAACAACAUCUGUUUUGGGGAAAAUAAUGGUUUCUGGCAGAUAUAUUUCAUCUACAAGUCGAAAAAUUAUAAACUUACAAAACCUAAUAAUGAGUUUAGCUUGUCUAAAGAUGAUAACAAAGGCAUUAUGACCAUCUCUUUGUUGAUGAACCAAGAUGAAAUCACUCUAGAAGCCAUUUUUCAAAAAGGUUCAUCUAACAAAUGCUUCUCAAUGAUUGAAGGAAUUAUCACAAAAAGAGGUGUCAACAUAUUUGUGAAGAAUGAAUUAAUUGAUCAGAUUAAUGAUCUUUCUGUAACCUUAUGUGAAACAUUUUUUAUGACUGCUUCAAAUUAUGAAGAUGAUGACGAUUUCAGCAGCAGAAAUCAAGUCAAACUUACUAAUUCCAAAUUAACUACAGAGGGCUUGACUUACUCUGUAGAGCCAGUUAUAUUCACUUACAACAAACAUUCACAAUACUGGCACAUGAGGUUUUCAUACCAAGGAAAUUUUUAUGAACUUCAAACCAAAAGAAAGCCUGGAAUACAAUUCAACCUGGAUAUGAACCAUCAUGGUUCUGACUUGAUACUAUACAUUUUUUUGGAUUCUAAAACCUCCAGGCUGGCUGUCAGAUUUGAGAUUGGUGACUGCAGUAAAAUAUUUACUGCUUUUCAAAAAUUAAAAACAAUAGAUAAACAAAUGGAAAUUGUAACAAACAAAAUAAAUGAAUUAAAUUGUCCUCAAUUAUUUCAUAACUUCUCACUGACAGUUCAUAAGUUGACACAUGUCUUUAGAACAUUAUCUAGAGUUGGGUAUAAAAGUUUUUCAAAGGAGAAAUUAUUUUCUGGCUGUUUCAAACGUUUAUUUUAUCCAUAUAUGAAGCCAGAGAUUCAUUCCAUGGAGAUGAUGCUUGAAAAUUCAGUAAUUAAUAUUGGGAAGUUUUUAUUGGAUGUUGAAAAGGAUGAUUGCGACAUCAUUUUAAGUGCUCUCAAGGAUGCUGUCUUCUAUUUUCAUUCAUUGAAGAAAAUCUGGAUGGAGAUGAAAGGUUUAGCCGAUCAAUUGAAAGUUUUGGUGAAAUAUUUUGAAAACAGAAAACAUGGAGAGGAGGGUGACGAUGAUGAUAAUGAAUUUUUAAAAUCCGUAUUUCAUAAUUUAGAUCUUUAUGAUUCGAUGCAAAUAACGUCAAUCACGUGUGAGUUGUUAGAGUUGGUAGCUUUCAAUGAGGUCGGCAUCUGCUUUAAGAUUUCCAAUUCAGAACAAACGCACAAAGUCUCUGCUGACUUGGGCGUUCUUGCUUUGAUAUUGGAGGAUGAGCUGAAAGUUUGGAACCAGAAGAUUGUAUCAACGAAAAAGAAUGAUGACGAUAAUGAUCAAACAAAAGUUGUUGACGACGAAAUUAAACAUGAUAAUCCACUGAAAGAUCCUAACAUUCCAAAUGAAAGCUUAACAUCGUUGCAAAUACAGCUGAUAUACGAAAGUUCCCUCAUAAAAUCUGCAGAAUUAUUUCAGAUUGCACGUAUGAAGCUGGUUGAUUCAUUAUAUGACAUCAGUUCGGCAAUCCACCUGACCAAUCGCAACGUUAACAUCAGCAUGAUCACCUCCUCUGCCGUCGGAUUAGUCGGUGCGAGUUUGGUCAUCACCGGUUUAGCUUUGACGCCAUUCACUGCAGGACUUUCAUCCGGACUGGUUGCAGCAGGAGUGGGAUUGGGAGCUUCGGGAGGUGCGUUGGGUGUGGGCACCACUAUUGCCGACACCGUUUUAACCCAAGGUCAUCUAAAAUCCACUCUUGAUUUAGCUCUAGUUGAUAGGAAAGUUUGUAAAUCUCUGACCCGUCUUCAAGACAUUUUAACACAAAAUAAAUUAAUGAAUGCUUUAAACAACAGCGGUUCAUUUUCAGCUGACUGCAGUAGUUCAUUAUUUCACCACCCACAGUACGAAACAAAAGUUGUGGGUGAAUGUGCUGCCAAUACGAUUUCGAAUUUUAGUGUUGCUGCGGUUAAAACAGGAGUGCAAAUUGCUAAAAAUUCCUUCCUUCGUGUUGGUUCCGUUACAGUUGGAGUUAUUUUUGAUGUUACAUCACUGACGUUCAGAGCCAUAAAUUUAUCAAAAGGAGGAAAUUCAGAACUUGGUUUCAAGAUAGAAAUUGAAGCUCAAGAUUUAGAGAAGGAGUUAGAUGUUAUCUUCAAUGUCAUUGAACAGAUGGGUGUCCGUAUUGAACGAGGUGGCGAACGUGUUAAAACCAAUGAUAGAACACCUAUCACUAGACCAAUCCUCGAGUUGAUAUAA